AUGCUAGAAUAUAUGAAAGAUCGCUAUCGUUACAUAAAGAAUCAAUGUCUAGGGAAUGAUAUAGACAAUGUCAUCUGGAUUGUAGACAGAAUUCCCAAAUUGGUUGGAUUUUCGCUCGAAAAGGAUAAAGUCCGUCACUUUACCCCGUUCUGGAUAGUCCAUUAUUCAUUGUUAUUCUACAUCUACAUAUGGGGCACCGCACAUUAUCAGAUAUACCACGCGGAAGAAAUUACAGAAUUCAUUCAGAGUUAUAUGAACAUAUCGGUACUUGUCUUCAUAUUGGAUAACAGUUGGUGGUGGAGGAACCAACGGCCUUUGUUGAAAAGCUUGCUUACAAAAGUGAAAUGGAGCGAUGAUAUGGUUAAGAGAAAUGUAACACUGCAUGAAAAACAUAUUAAAUGGAUAAAAAUCAUCAAAUUUCUGACAGGGGGCUUUCUAGGAUUUAAUAUAUUACAAAGUGCAUUUAUUUAUCUACCAGCACGCCUUAAUACUGAAAAUGACUUUUGCAUGACUAAUUGUAUAGGCAUGGAUUUAACCUACUCUCCCAAUAAGGAAAUAUGUAGCGUCAUUAUCCUCAUACAUAACUUAUGCGUGAUAAUAAUUUGCCUGAGUUUUCAAGCACUUCUUGGAAUUUUAAUUGUUCAUGCUACUGCAAUAUAUCAUUUGUUAGCAGAAGAAAUUUUACAAUUAGAUCGAGACGACGACUUAGAACGUAUUCAAGUAAAGGAGAAGCUUUCACACGUUAUUAAACGUCACAUUGUUAUCGUGGACGUCACUAAAGAUAUUAAAUAUCUGUAUAGUAUUCCAAUUGGGACCAAUUUAGGGUCUAAUGCCAUUUGUAUUUGCAUGUUCUUCUAUUUGGAUCUAAAAGAAUUGUUUGGUAUAACUCCACUCUUGGUCUAUUGCUUCUUGGUAUUUUUUCUUUAUUGUUUUUUGUGUCAGAAUUUGGUGAAUGCUGCGGAAUUAUUUGAGCGUUCUGUGUACAGUUGCGGUUGGGAGAAAUUCGAUGUAAAAGAGCAAAAAGCAGUGUAUUUAAUGUUGCUACAGGCUCAACAGAAAUUCGAGAUAUUGGCGGCUGACAUUGUACCAGUCAAUAUUUACACAUUUGCUACUACAUGUCAGUUUAUGUUUAAAUUAGUUACUGUUAUUAAGUUCUAA